AUGGCAACUAUUAAAGCUAUUGAGGCCCGGACUGUCCACCAAAUCCAAUCCGGUCAAGUCAUUGUCGACUUGUGUUCCGUCGUAAAGGAACUAGUGGAAAAUGGCCUGGAUGCUGGGGCGACAAGCAUUGAGGUUCGUUUCAAGAACCAAGGCUUAGAUUUGAUCGAAGUCCAGGACAACGGAUCAGGCAUCUCCCAGCAGAAUUACGAGACGCUGGCGCUCAAGCACUACACGUCCAAGCUUUCUACCUACGCAGACCUCGCCGCCCUCCAGACCUUCGGGUUCCGAGGAGAAGCUCUCUCAUCCUUAUGUGCCCUGUCCAAGUUUACCGUGACGACGUGCCUAGCCUCGGACGCGCCAAAGGGGACCAGGUUAGAGUUCGAGACGUCGGGGAAACUUCGCAGCACGAGCAUCGUGGCCGCCCAGAGAGGCACGACGGUGGCCAUCGAGAGUCUUUUUUACAACCUCCCUGUCCGUCGUCGCGAACUGGAGCGGAAUAUCAAGCGGGAGUGGAACAAGGUCAUCGGCGUACUCAACCAGUACGCCUGCAUCCAGACUGGGCUCAAGUUUUCCGUAUCUCAACAACCCAACAAAGGCAAACGAAUCGUGCUAUUUUCCACGAAAGGAAACCAGACAACCCGUGAUAACAUUGUCAAUGUGUUUGGAGCAAAAACCCUGACCGUCCUCAUUCCGCUAGACUUGAAGCUCGAGCUGGAGCCCACCAGUGCACCCGGCCAGAGACGGAGCAAUCGAGAUAGCGGCGAGGCCCACGAAGUCCACAUUAAAGGCCAUGUAUCUCGCCCCGCGCACGGAGAAGGACGCCAAACCCCGGAUCGGCAGAUGUUUUUUGUGAAUGGCCGACCCUGUGGUUUGCCGCAAUUCGCUAAGGUAUUCAACGAAGUCUACAAAUCCUACAAUGCCACUCAGUCGCCAUUUAUUUUCGCCGAUAUUCAGCUUGACACACAUCUUUACGAUGUCAAUGUGAGUCCGGACAAGCGCACAAUUCUCUUGCACGAUCAAACCAGGAUGCUCGAUAACCUUAGAGAGUCACUCGUCGCCCUGUUUGAAUCCCAAGACUAUGCGGUACCAACAUCGCAAUUGUCAAGCAUCAAGCAAACCACAUUCAAGAAAUCCCCACUCAGUAGCCGUGGCACCCCCUCAUCAGAAAAUGAUCCGAAGCGUUCCAUAUCGAGUGAGACAGGAUGUCAAGGAGAUACCAUUCCUAUGGACCCGCACGAUGACGCGGAGCACAAUAAGGAGGACGAGACUAGAGAGCCCGAGGGUGCUUCCGCGCGGAAGGACUUGGUCUCAACAAACUCACUGGCUCCCAUCCCGUCCUAUCAUGGUCAGGACGUAAAUUCGAUCAGCCGGGAGGCAAAAAAGAAGCCAGAGCUGCCCGCUGGCGACUCUGUAGGAGACGAAUCGGAAGACAGCGAUCGACUAGUUCCGAAGGCGAUGGUACGAAGAGACCAAGGGGACUGCACGGAAGAUAGUGACCAUAACUCAGAGAAUGAUGGUCAAGACUCACCAUCUCCACUAGAAACCUCGUUGGAGGUAUCGAUGGAGAUGCUUAGCCAAGGGGUCGAUGUUAACGCGCGCUUGACAGAACCGGCUAAACCCAAUCUUGAGAUACGAGACAGGGACCCUCUGCCAGAGUCUGGAGAAGAUAUCGAGCCGCCUAUACCGGCUAUCUCUACUUCGUCUUGUACAUCAGAGAUCAGGACUAGAACCAGCUCUGCGGCCUUGAAGCGUUCUGCGCCGGAAACCGCUACGAUCACAGUAGGUAAUCGCACAAUUACCAGUAUCAUCGGCUCCCCUUCCAAAAGACAGCGGGUAGACGGCCACAAGGCACGCGAACCGCCCUCAAGGCAACGUAGAAUCGGCAACGAAGUGCCGGCCCCCUCAUUCAACGGACGUCUGACACAAAUGUUCGCGGCAAAUUCACAACCAAAGCAAGCCAAGCUAGCAGAUAUCCAAAUUGCUACACAAUCAGAAGACGACUCGAGUGAUUCCGACUCUAGUGAACAUCUAUUUGUGGAGGAUGACGAAAAGGAAGAGGAGGAGCAAGAGGAGCAGCAGCCUUCUCGAAGUGACGCGGAUAUGGAAAGCAUUGCGGGGCAAGAGGACGAUUCCGUUCACGAUUCCGUCCACGAUUCCCCGGUGCCCAACGACACAGGUGAGCAGACAGUAAACGACGAAUUGCCGUACUCAAUUGAAACAUGUGACGACAAUCAGCCCGCCGAGGAGCAAACAAACUACAACGCGCAAGACGACGCGCAAGAUGAUACCCAAAAUGACGAAACGGAGCACACCGUUAGUAUUCCCGAGCACGCAGAUACCGCCUCGGAAGAAACCCAAAAACGUACACGAAGCUUCGUCAAAGGAGGCACUAAGAACAAAGACGCCACUUUUUCACUGCUUCAAACGCUCCGUAUAGACGAAACCACUCUCCGAAAUAUGGUAGACAUACACAAGGAAUACAUGGGGAAUGUAUCCUCGAAGAUAGAUUCCAAGCUUGUGACAGACAGACUCGACGCAGAUGACGCCGAGGAAAAGUUGUCCCUGACGAUAUCGAAAUCUGACUUUGGGAGGAUGAAGAUUAUUGGGCAGUUCAACCUAGGGUUCAUUUUGGCAGUUCGGGAAGCUGGGGGAGCUCCCGAGGACGCCGAGGGAAAUCAGGACAGAGACGACGAACUCUUCAUCAUCGACCAACACGCGACGGACGAGAAAUACAACUUCGAGCGGCUACAAGCCAAGACAGUAGUGCAAUCCCAGAGACUCGUGCAGCCUAAAGCCCUGGAGCUUACGGCCCUCGAGGAAGAGGUGGUUAAGGAAAACCUCGAAGCCUUGGAGGCCAACGGGUUCAUCGUUAGCGUUGACGAAAGCGGCGACUACCCGGUCGGAUCCCGCUGCCAGUUGCUUAGCUUGCCACUGAGCCGGGAGACGACCUUCUCGCUGGCGGACCUCGAAGAGCUCGUCUCGCUCCUGACGGACAACCCGGCCUCCUCGGGGAGCGUCAUCCCGCGGCCCUCCAAGGUGCGCAAGAUGUUCGCGAUGCGGGCUUGCCGCAGCAGUGUCAUGAUCGGCAAACCGCUCUCGAACAAGCAGAUGGAGAAGCUGGUCAGGCACAUGGGCGAGCUCGACAAGCCGUGGAACUGCCCCCACGGCCGCCCCACGAUGCGACACCUGUGCGGCCUCGGCGCCUGGAGCGAGCUGGGCUGGAGGGAGGGCGACGGCCUCGACGGGGUGCGGGGACCACCCACAGACUGGGGCGCGUACGUGAGGAGCAAUGAUGAGUUCGAGUGAGGGGGAGGGGCUUUGUUGGGUUAUCUGGUUUCUUGCUGCUUGCGUAGACUGCUUGGGUUGCUACAGCACACAUGGCGACGGCGCUUGUCAGGGUAUACAGAUGGAUGAGCACGCAAGCUUAAACAUAUCGUUGACGUUUCGAAAAGAAUGUUGGAGCGAUAUCUACUCGCUAUUUCUACGCAAUUCUCGGCAUCUGAUCAUGGGUAAAUAGCCAUCACGAUAAAUACAUACAUGGUAUCGUCAAUACAUCGGAAGCCCGCUUGCAAGCCAUCAUUCUUCGAAGUUUUGCGGUAUCCAUUGUGCACACUUCUCUCUCGGGCCCGGGCAACAGCUAUUCCAUUGCUCGAGUUUCCAACUGGCCUCGAUCCGUUUCCCCCGUCUCCCGUCCUAGUAUUACACUCGUGAAUGCAUCAUCGCACAUCGGCCUCGUCAGCGCGUACUCCUUUCCCAGCCUCCCUCCCUGCCUACCCCCUAUUCCUCCACACCCUCCGAGCAGGUAUCUCUUCACAUAGGUAUCUCAAACCCCCCCCCUCGGCAAUGCGGUCUAGCUCGGCUUUUCUCUGCCAGCCCCCCGUGCUAAAGGUUGAAACAUAGAUAAAAAAACAAAACAA